AUGCCACAAACAAAUCAAUCUGAGCCAAUCUUAGCACUGCCUACACCACCAAAGAAAACCUCCAAUUUAGAUAAUGAAUUUGAGCACAUUAGUGAAGCCGACAAUUCUAUUGCUGUGAAUGUCCCUCUACCACCUAAUGUUCCUAUUGCUCCAUUCCCUCAAAGGUUAAUUCAACAAAACAAAAGCACCCACUACAAUGAGAUGUUAGAGAUGUUCAAAAGAGUUGACAUCAACAUCCCAUUCCUUGAGGCAAUUAAGCAAAUCCCUGCAUAUGCUAAAUUCCUUAAAGAGUUGUGUACACAAAAGCGCAAGCUUAAUCUACAUAGACGUGCUUUCUUAGCUGAACAGUUAGGUCUUGGAGAGUUGAAACUAACAACCAUAACUCUCCAAUUGGCGGACCGAUCCGUCAAAGUUCCUCGAGGACGUCCUUUCUUGGCUACGUCUAAUGCGAACAUUAACUGCCGUAACAGAGUGUUGAAACUGUCUUUUGGAAACAUGACUGUAGAAUUAAACGUGUUUAAUGUUAGUAAACAACAUGUGGAUCUUGAUGAUAAUGAUGUGCAUGAGAUCAAUAUGAUUGAAAGUGUAACACAAGAUUCAUUGACUAGUAUUUUAUCAAUUGACCCCCUACAAGCAUGUUUGGAGAAUUUUAAUUUGGAGUUUUAUGAUGAUGAAUACAUUAGUGAAGUCCAAUCCUUGCUAGAAUCCGUACCUCAAAUGGAUGUCACUAAAUGGCAGAACAAAGUAAAACAACUCCCACUUUCCGAUACAAAGUCUAUCACAUCUUCUGAAGAGUCACCUAAGCAAGAAUUGAAGACAUUGCCUAGUACUUUGAAGUACACAUUCCUAGGUUCUUUUGAUACUUUACCUGUCAUUAUUUCAUCAUGUUUGGACAUGGAACAGGAAAACAAUCUUCCAGAAGUGCUUAGGAAUACAAAGAGGCCUUAG